AUGAUUAUAUGUAAGAAGAGAGAUGAGACGGUGUACGACAUAGCUAUGGAACAACUUGACAACUACUUCCGGCCUAGAGUAAACACACCAUUCGAACGGCAUGGAUUUCGUUUGAUGACACAAGAACCGACAGAGAGUGUGGAUCAGUUUGUGACUCGAUUGAAACAGAAAGCGCAACAUUGUAACUUUGACAAUGCAGACGAACAUAUUAGGGAUCAAGUCAUCGAAAAAUGCAAAUCAUCUCACUUACGUAGGAAAUUACUGGAGAGAGGAGGUGAUUUGACACUCGAGCAAACGUUAACUACAGCAAGGGCUUUUGAACAAAGUCAACAACAAGCUACCGGAAUUGAAGGAGGAAGGAAUUCAGAAGCUUUUGUGAAUAAAGUAAGUGUACGAAAACACAAACCGAACUCAAGUAUAACUUGUUAUAGGUGUGGUCAAAGAGGACAUAUUAAGUCAGAUCCAGCAUGUCCAGCCAUCGGUCAAAUAUGUCUUAAGUGCAACAAGCCCGAUCACUUUGCUAAGUGCUGUAAAUCGUUCACACCAAAGACUCACAAUUAUAGUCACAAACAUUCCGGACGCAGCAAACCGAAGCCACGAGUUAGACUGGUGGACACAACAGAUCAGGAGGAUUCUGAUGAAGCUUAUGCAUUUACAUUGUCUAUGGAUAACCCACAAGAAACACUUGAAACACUUACAGUCAAUGGACCGUAUCACCCAACCGUUACCACAAAUAUUGGUGGAGUAGAAGAUAUUGUGAUGAUUGUCGACUCUGGUGCUAGUUGUAACGUACUGGAUCACUCCUUAUGGGAGGAGUUAAAGAAGAAAAGAGUAAGAUGUACGUCACAGCGAUCUAGUAAAAUACUUUAUCCGUAUGGAAGUUCAAAACCACUGGACACCCUAGGAAGCUUUAUGGCAAACAUUUCAGUGGGAAAUUCUUCAGUGAAAGCAGAGUUCAUUGUGAUUCAAGGUAAAGGACAGGCCCUGUUAGGACAUAAAACAGCAACAGAGCUCGGAAUUCUGAAGGUGGCACAUGCAAAUUUCCUGUCAGAAGCCAGUAUAUUUACCAAAUAUGAAAAGUACUUUAAUGGUGUUGGAAAGUUAAAGAACUUUAAGUUGAUGUUACAUUUAGAUGAGAAUGUUACCCCUGUAGCACAGCAAGUCAGGAGGAUUCCGUUCGCUAUGAGGGAGAAGGUUGAGGCAAAACUCAAGGAGUUACAGGACAUGGAUAUCAUUGAGCCAGUUGAGGGACCAUCAUCUUGGGUCAGCCCUAUUGUUGUCACACCGAAGCAGUCUGGAGAUAUUCGUCUGUGCGUGGACAUGAGGCAAGCUAAUGAGGCCAUUAUUAGAGAGAGACAUCCAAUACCUACCAUUGAUGAGAUCCUGCAUGAGCUAAAUGGGAGUUGUAUUUUCAGCAAGUUAGACCUUAAGUGGGGUUUUCAUCAAUUGGAGCUAGCUGAUGAAUCUCGUGACAUUACCACUUUUGUUACUCAUAUUGGACUGUUUCGCUACAAGAGACUUAGUUUUGGUGUCACGUCUGCACCUGAGAUUUAUCAGCACACCAUUCAGCAGGCACUUCAUGGAUGUGACGGAGUGAGAAAUAUGUCGGACGACAUUAUUGUACAUGCCAAAACAAUGGAAGAGCACGACCGCAGAUUGCUAGCUGUGAUUGAGAAAUUAGGCAGCAAGGGAUUGACAUUUAAUAAGGAAAAAUGUCAACUUCGUCUCCGAAAACUAGAGUUUAUGGGACACGUCUUAUCAGACAAAGGAAUCGACCCGACCCGAGAGAAGGUGAAAGCUAUAGUAGAAGCUAGACCACCAACAAACGCAUCAGAAGUCAGAAGUUUCCUUGGAUUGGUUUCAUAUUGUGGAAAGUUCAUUCCAAACCUAGCAUCACUGUCAGAACCGUUGAGACUUUUGACGAGGAAAAACCAACCAUUUACUUGGGGUCCUGAACAAGACAAAGCAUUCCGAAAGCUGAAGACAAGUUUAUCGAAAGCUGAGACUUUAGGAUAUUUUGAUGCAAAAGCGAGAACUCAAGUGAUAGCGGAUGCCAGUCCUGUGGGGCUUGGUGCAGUGUUAGUACAGAUACAACAGGGAGAGCCCCGUAUUAUUUGCUUUGCAAGCAAAAGUUUGACAGAUGUUGAAAGAAGAUACUCGCAGACCGAGAAAGAAGCCCUAGCACUGGUGUGGGCGUGUGAACGCUUUUACAUGUAUUUGUAUGGCAUCGAGUUUGAUUUGCUGACAGACCAUAAGCCUUUACAGUUCAUUUACAGCAAGAAAUCAAACCCGUGUGCACGCAUUCAGCGAUGGGUAUUGAGACUCCAACCCUUUCAGUUCACAGUAAAGUAUAUUCCCGGACACAAAAAUGUUGCUGAUGUACUUUCUCGACUGUGUAUAUAUAAAUCUGAUGCACCCUCACCAAGUGAAAUAUCAGAGGAUUUUGUGAGAUUCGUGGCUCUGCAAGCCGUACCAAGAACCUUGACGAUUCAGGAGGUGGAGAAAGAGUCCGCUGGAGAUCUUGAGUUACACCGAGUGAAGGAAGCCUUACUAACUGGAAAUUGGACAGAUUGUGAGGAAAGCUACGUAUCCGUUAAAACUGAACUGUGCAGCAUAGGAAAGGUGAUCCUCAGAGGUACACGUAUUGUGAUUCCAACCAGUCUGAGGGAGAGAGUUUUAAGCGCUGCUCAUGAGGGACACCAAGGAAUCACUAAAACCAAACAACGACUGAGAAAGAAAGUAUGGUGGCCAAAGAUUGACAGUGAUGCUGAACGUGUUUGCAAGAAAUGUUACGCAUGUCAAGUAGUAGGAGGUCCAUCGUCACCUGAGCCGUUACGCCGUAAAGUGCUUCCAGAUUAUCCAUGGCAAGCUACAGCAAUUGAUCUAAUGGGACCGUUUCCAACAGGAGAAUCAGUAUUGGUGUAUGUGGACUAUUACAGCCGUUUCUUUGAAACUUUUAUUUUGAAGAAUACAGGAUCAACCAAGAUCAAAAUGGGGGCCACUUUCAAACCAUUGUAA